AAGUCUUAGGAAGAUAAAAGUUUCAAUGAAAGACAGCGAUCUCGUUUAUUCGACACUCUAUCAAGCCACACGUAGGUAUUGGAAGAAGAAAAAUACCGUCAGGGAUUCACUAGUCUUCGGUGGAACGCCAUGAAUCGAAUGCGUUUUGUACUCUGUCUUUGGCUCGCUGUGAUUCUGAAUAUCGCGGCUGGAGAAGAACCAAAAGUUUGCAUCAAGGAUGGCUGUUUGAUCGGUAUCACUGAAACUUCGAGACUUGGACGAGAAUAUUUUUCUUUUCUCGGCAUACCUUUCGCUAAACCACCGAUCGACAGACUUAGAUUCAAGCCACCGGAAAGGCCGGAGCCUUGGGAAACCUUAGAUGCUAAAAAAGAUGGAAAAGUAUGUCCGCGUACGAUCAUUCAUCUUUCCGAAGAUUAUCCGGAAACAAGUGAAGACUGUUUAUACCUGAACGUCUACACACCUCAGAUAUCCGUUGAAGGCACGUCGGAUAGGAAAUUUCCGGUCAUCGUUGUCUUUCACACCGGAGGAUUUCAGUACUGGUCUGGCACUAGGCAUCAUUUUCCUGGAAAUUAUUUUCUCGAUCAUGACGUGGUCAUUGUAUCUGCCAAUUACCGUCUCAAUGUUUUCGGGUUCCUCAGCACCGAGGAUUUGGUAUCGCCUGGUAAUUAUGGUCUAAAAGAUCAACGUCGGGUGCUCGAGUGGGUCCAGGAAAACAUCGCAGUCUUCGGAGGAGAUCCUAAAAGUGUUACGAUUCAGGGUCAAGGUUCUGGUGGCGCAUCUGUUCAUUUUCACAUGCUAAGUCCUCCGUCGAAGGGGUUGUUUCAUCGUGCUAUCGCUCAGUCUGGUACAGCCUUGGCACCUUGGGCUUUUUCUAUGCCACUCGAAGCUCGUGAGCACGCGCAUUACUUAGGCAAACACCUCGGAUGCCCGUUACAGAAUACUACUGCCCUCGUCGAGUGUUUGCGAUGGAAAUCGGUGGACGAAUUAUUGGAGGCUGAUCCGAUAUUUUUUGUGUGGGGCAUCGACCCUUUGAUUCCUUGGAAACCAUCCGUGGAACCGGAACAUGAUGGGGCUUUUCUGACGCAAGCACCGUUGGAGAUUUUAGAAAACGGAAAUUUUAACGACGUCCCUUUACUGAUAGGCGCGACAUCGCACGAAGGGCUAUACAGAGCGGCAGGUAUCUUGGAGUCCGAACCCGCCAGACUUAAUUGGAACGCCCUUCCCCUGAAGUCUUAUUCGUCAGCUUUGAAUCUGCAUCAACUUUCAGUGAAUGAACUUAAAGAUACGAUAACCAGACUUAGAAAUUAUUACUUCAACUCCGACAAUGUGCUUCAUAAGCAUAGGAAACAGUUUAUUAACAUGUUCUCCGAUCGAUACUUCUUCCGACCCAUGGCGAAGACCAUUAGAUAUCACAGAAAUCAUAAGAGUCCGAUAUUUGCGUACAGGUUCGAUUUCAUCCAACCCCGUGUAAGUUUUACAAAAUACUACAUGAUGUUGGAUGAAGAAGAUUUGAAGACGUAUAAAGCGGUGUGUCACUCGGACGAUUUGAUGUACUUUUAUCCCCUGGAAAAAACUCUUUUCCCGAAUCUUAAACACGGAGAAGAAAGUAAAGCAAUGAUCGACAGGAUGCUCGGGAUGUGGAUCAACUUCGCAAAUCAUGGACACCCAACUCCCGAGGGAUACGACGUCACGUGGGAUCCUGUUGAAUCUGAAGGCAUCGAAUACUUGAAAAUCAAAGGCCCAAACGACCUCCAAAUGACUCCCGGAUUUUACAACAAACGGUUACUUAUCUGGGAUGAUUUGAAACUCGAACGGGAGAUAUCCAAGGACGCUGCUUACAUGAAAGAGAUGCAAUGGCUCAAUAAAACCGAAAAACACGACGAAUUAUAGAUAGAUGGAUGUGAAUUUUUAAUUGUACUGUAAAGUUUCUUUAGUCAAUGAAUGAAAUUACGUACAUUUUUUUACGACAAAA